GCGGGAGAGUUCAUGUGCAGCGCGGUCCCUGCGCUCCGCCCGAGACAUUCCGGGGCUCGGCGCUGCUCCGUGGCCGUGCGGGGAUGGGGAGCAGCGUCCGGGGCUGCUGGGAACCCCAGGGACAGACAGAUAUCUGCAUCUCUGAGCAUCUCUGCAGGGAAAUAACGCCCCGAUCCCUGCCGGGGCUGUGACCCCCUUUGCCUGUGCCGAGGCUGUGCCAGUGUCCUUGUGCCCCCAGCCGCGGGGCUGUGUGUGCUGUCCCCUUGUCCCCAGGAGGGAUGUGGCGCUGUGUUUGCCCCUGCACCCCCUCCUCAGCCCGGAGAUGAUGUUUUCUCCCAGCCGAAGGUGCUGACGAGGCUGGGGGGAGCCGGCCGAGCCCGUGCGAUCGCCGCCAGCCCUGUGCAGACACCUCGGUGCUCGCCGCUGUCACAGCCAGCCCGGGUGGCCUUUGGGGCUGUUCCGAGCAGCAGAGGGGCGCAGGGACUCCAUCGGCAGCGUGUCCCGGGGGCCUGGACCAUGGUCCUGGAGGUGCAGGCAGCGUCUUCCCUCUGUCCAGCACGCAGUGACGGGGAGCCCCGGCGGGGAAAUGCAUCCUGAAUGGGGCUGAGGCCCCCUGCCCGGGAAUAUGCAGCCUCGGCACCGCGGGGGCAGCACCGGGGCCGGAGCGCGGCGGGAUGGUGGCAACCUUCAAGAUCGCCGUGCUGGGAGCGCAGGGCGUGGGCAAGAGCGCCAUAGUCCGGCAGUUCCUGUACAACGAGUUCAGCGAGGUGUGCGUGCCCACCACGGCCCGCCGCGUCUACCUGCCCGCCGUGGUCAUGAACGGCCACGUGCACGACCUGCAGAUCAUGGACUUUCCCCCCAUCACCGCCUUCCCUGUCAACACCCUGCAGGAGUGGGCAGACGUGUGCUGCAGGGGGCUCCGGAGUGUCCAUGCCUACAUCCUGGUCUAUGACAUCUGCUGCUUUGACAGCUUCGAGUACAUCAAAACCAUCCGCCAGCAGAUCCUGGAAACGAGGGUCAUCGGCACCUCGGAGACGCCCAUCAUCAUCGUGGGCAACAAGCGGGACCUGCAGCGGGGCCGGGUCAUCCCGCGCUGGAACGUCUCCAACCUGGUGAAGAAGACGUGGAAGUGCGGCUACAUCGAGUGCUCGGCCAAGUACAACUGGCACAUCCUGCUGCUCUUCAGCGAGCUCCUCAAGAGCGUGGGCUGUGCCCGCUGCAAGCACGUCCACACCACCAUCCGCUUCCAGGGCGCGCUGCGCAGGAACCGCUGCACCAUCAUGUGA